AUGUCAUUUGAAUUGGUGAACAACCUUUCCGAUCUUAAGGGUGUUGUGUUACUUAAAAACAAAACAUUGUUCACUAUAACCAAAAGCAGUGUGACACCGUCUGAAAUAGAUUCACUUAUUACACUCAUUACCGACUCCCCAGACUCCGACAUUAUUGAAAAAACAGUUUCUUCGAUUAAAUAUAAUAAAAAAAUUAGUAAAGACAAUGCAACUACCGAUUACGAAGUGAAUGUUAUGACAAUCCAUACACCACAAGAACUUAACAAAUAUAAAGCUCAGACUUACCACAUGUUCACAGAAACUCGUGAGAUGUAUGAACAAAUCAUGUUACCUCAGAUCAAGAAAAUUCCUUCAUCAGUCACCCAGUGGAUAGACAACUAUGGCUCUUUAAAAUCGACUCCACUCUAUACCCAAGAUGACUUUUUCCUAGUCCCAGAUGUAAAGUGGAAUAUGAAAGACUUGACCCAAUUCUAUGCAAUCUGUUUUUCAAGAGACAGUUCGAUUCUUUCUAUUCGUUCACUCCGCCAACAACACGUCCCUUUCCUCAAAAAACUCAAAACAGAAGUCCUCGAAUUUAUACAUAACACUUACGGACUUGAAAAGGACGAAAUAGUGGUUUACUGCCAUUACCAUCCUUCGUUCUGGCACUUUCAUGUUCACUUCACAAACAUAGCGUUUCCUUCACUCACAAGAAAUAACGUCAUUGGAAAAGCCGUGUUGCUUGACACAAUCAUUCAAAAUUUACAGAUAUGCGACUCUUAUUAUCAAAAUGCAGAUUUGCAAAUAACUUUAGGAACAUCAAGUCACCUGUAUGAACUCUACUCAAAUUAUGUGCCACAAACAAAGCAUUAA